AUGUGUGGCCCCUUCAAGAUCUUGAAGAACAUUUUGCGUUUGCUGGAAGCUAUUUUCAGUGCUCUAGCUCUCAUCACCAUCAUGUUCAGAGGGGGAAUGGUGAACCCAUGGGGCAUCUGGUGUGAGUUUGUGUGGGUUUUCUGCACCAUCGUGCCCCUGGUCUUCAUUGUGAUAGAGGCGCUGGCUUUGAAUGUUCUCCUGGAGACCUUCAUAACCAGCUGGGCUGACCUGACCUGCGGAUUGACUAUGCUGUGUGCUGUCAUGAUCACCUCUGCCUCAGUCAUCUUUGCCGUUAUUUUUGUCUGCUCUACUUGUGUCACCAGCAUCAUCUGCCUCAUCUUUUCCCUGGUUGCCACCGUGAUCUUUCUGAUUGACGCUGUGAUGCAAAAGAUGAAGUGUCCAAGUGGGUAUCUGUCCAACCUGCGGGGACUCCUCCGUAUGAGUGAAGCCUUCAUAGCUUGUAUUAUCAUCACUGCUGCAUCUAGUUACUUUCUAGGUGUGGAAGUGUACUUCCGCCCUGCCGGGAUGAUUUGGAGCGUCUUCGUCUUUGCUGUCUGCCUCCUGGUUACUGUGGUCAUCAUAAUUUUCCGUUUGCUCAAGAUUCUUCAAGGUCUAAUCCCAUUUGGAUUGGGAAUGAUAGAGUUUGUGUUCAACAUUGUGGCAGUGCUGUUGUACUUGUCCGCUAUUAUUCUUUGGGCUGUGUAUGGUUAUAGCCGUCACUAUGAAAAAAGUCUUUACUACUGUCACUACUGUGUUAUUAGGGACUUGAACACAGUUACAGUUGGGGCCAUUGUCAAUCUCAUUCUUUACAUUGUGGACUUAGCUUUAUCUUUCAAGGAUCGAUAG